GCCGUCAGUGCACAGGCAAGCUGUUUACCAGCUCAGAGCCCAAAACAAGAGAAGCACGACCGCGUUGUGUUUGGAGAGCAGUGUGGCUCGGUUUACCACAGGCUCUUCCAUUUAAACAGAUCGUUUUCUUUUCGAUUCGUCAUGAAUAAUAAUUGUUCUUGUUGUUAAUAACAUCGACGAAUGAAAAUGUUUCAACUGCUGUACUUUGUGUUUUUGCUGAGCUCUGGUUUGGUGGACUGUUUUUCUGUUGUUGAAGAGUGUAUAACAUCUAAUGGAGAGGACUAUAGGGGAAUUCAACAGAAGACAUCCACAGGGAAUUCCUGCCUCAACUGGAAAAGUCUAAACUCACAGACAGAUGUUGGAGAUCACAAUUUCUGUCGCAACCCAGAUGGUUCAGAGAAGCCCUGGUGCUAUGUUUCUGGAUCCAGUGGAGCAAUCAGAAAAGAAGCAUGUGAUAUUAGGCCAUGCCAAGACCAAAACUCCACAGAAGCCAUGGCUCCAGAAGAGUCUGUCACUCCAAGAAUGGUGGAAACCUUCGAAAACUCAGACUCCUUCCCCUCGCAAGUGGAGGGUGCGGCGGUGCAGCCCGUGAAGGCAGUCCGCCAGCAGGUCAGGAGUGGACCCAAGAAGAAGAAAGACCUGGGGACUCUCGGUUAUGUUCUCGCCGUCUUUAUGAUGGCCAUUAUCAUCCUACUUGGAGGUGGCAUCACAAUGGGAUACUUCUACAAAAGGGGUCGUGACCUCAAAAAACAGCAUGAGCAGAGGGUUUACGAGCGUGAGAUGCAUCGGAUCACUCUUCCUCUCUCUGCUUUUGCCAAUCCCACCUGCGAGCUGGUGGACGAGAACACCAUCGUCAUCACGGCUGAACCAAACAACCAGACCCCCACUCAAGAGCCCGUCGAGGGGGCCGACCCCCUUAUGGGGACAGCGGGGACCCCUGGAGCCUGAUGGAGAAACAAAGAUGAGGGCCUGGAAAGGCAUCUUGUUAAGACAUGUCUAUGCAGUAUUGCAGAAUCUCAGAGGACCUAACCCUACGUCCACCUCCCUCUGCCUGUCGUCUCUUUUCUCUUUACCUUGCCUUCACAGCACGGAUUCACGGUAAAGGUAGGGCAUGUGCCCUGAGAGAACGGUGGAAAGCUUUUUUUUGUCCCAGACAGUGUCCUUAUUUCCUCAACAAAGUCGUUGGGGAAAGUAGGACGUGUGGGGAUACACUGGGAAAGGUGAUAUGGUGGUUUUGUAUAAAUAUGCAUGACAGGGAUUCGCCUGGAGAAAAAUUGCAAGUACAUUUUGUGCACAUCAUCACAGGGCAUGAAAUUUCCCUGCUGGUUCAACUCCAAUGAGAGGGCGACAGUCCAGUUAACAGCUCCUUACGAAGUGUCGAUGGAUCAGAUCGUCUGGAGUUUUGAAAGAGAAGACAGUCCAUUCUUAUCUUCUUUCCUGCCUUUUUCAUUGUUAUUGUUCCUAACGCAGUUGUGGUGGAGAGUUGAAACUGAAAUUGUACAUGUGUAACUGAAUCUGUAGCUCUACAGCUGGGCUGUUCAUUCUGUAGGGAGCUUUGGUUAGCAACUAGAGCUAAUUCAGUUAAUUGCCUUUGAUAGCUCUUUCCCAAGAAAUCCAUAUUCAUUAGGCAGAUCGUGUGGCCUGGGAUGCUAGAGUUAAGCUAGGUGAAGGGUUUGACUAAAUGAAGAGGAAAGCUUUCCAGAGAGCUUGCUUUAGUAAAUUACAUUUGAAUGUAUUGUUGCUCCUGUGGCCACAAUCUGAUAAAGAGCAAGAGAGCGCUGUCAUGAUUUCAGUAAACCAGUCAGAGUGGGUCUGGUUCGCGGUCUCUGGUUACAUUUUCUGUAUCAGUGUUCAUUUGUUCCAGACCAUACAGAUGAAACUGAAAGAAUAUGAUAUGACAUUAAAAUAAUGUACUAUGACUUAAUUGUACAGAGAUGGAUUUUUUUUUUUUUUGAUGUAUGCAUUUGUUUUCCUAUGGUUGAUUGUACAACUGCCUAAGGUUCCAGAAGAUCUUGUAUUUUUGUUUUUAGCAGUUUUUUACUGCUAUGAAAUAAAAUCAGUUUGAAGAAAAUUA